CCGGAAGCAGUAUUCCCCGUCGCGCUAGCUUGACGUCAUCGCUGACUCGCCUGCGCUCCAUGUUUUGUUAGCUAACCGGCUAGCAGAUGUCGAGCGGCCGCCUCUGACUUCAGAUGAAUAUAUGUGCAUAAAACCGUUCAAACGCCACUCCUAGUAAGAGGGGGAGGAUGGCGCAUCCAUGUACCCCACCUAUGCCGUCCCAGAGGACCGAGCACCUGGAGGCGGAUAACGAUUCCGACAGGGACUCUGGUGUUGGGGAGGAUGCAGGCGAGGAUGCUGACAGUUGCCAUGGAGGCUCAGGAACUGAAGAAGAGGAAGCCAACAAGCAAAGUGGCACGGAGGAAAUCAGCGGGGAGGGAGAGGGUGCUGCAGUUUUUAUUGCCUUCAAAGGGAAUAUGGAGGAUGAGGACUUCUCUCAAAAACUUGAGUCCAUCCUCAGUGGGAUACCAAACAUGCUUGAUAUGGACUCUGAGAGGCUCCAGCCAGAGCAUGUGGAGCCGUGGAACAGCGUGCGGGUGACCUUCAACAUUCCUCGGGAUGCUGCCGAGCGACUCCGGCUGUUGGCCCAGAACAACCAGCAGCAGCUCAGAGACCUGGGGAUCCUCUCUGUGCAGAUAGAAGGGGAAGGAGCCAUCAAUGUGGCUGUGGGACCAAACAGAGGACAAGAAGUCAGAGUGAAUGGACCAAUUGGAGCUCCUGGCCAGAUGAGGAUGGAUGUUGGCUUUCCGGGUCAGCCGGGUCCAGGAGGGGUACGGAUGGCCAAUCCGGCGAUGGUUCCUCCUGGACCCGGCAUGGCGGGUCAGGCUAUGGUACCGGGCAGCAGUGGACAGAUGCAUCCUCGUGUUCAGAGACCAUCUUCACAGACAGGUUCAGAUGUUAUGGAUCCAAUGAUGCCCGGUAUGUCCGUUCAACAGCAACAGCAACAGCAACUUCAGCACCAACAGGCUGGUCCCCAUGUCUCGGGCCCGAUGCCUCCUCAGGCUGCCCAUCACAUGCAGGCUCUGCAGGGCGGGAGGCAGCUCAACCCUGCCGCCCUGCAGCAGCUCCAGCAGCAACAUCACCAACAGCAACAGGUCCAGCAGCAAGCCCAGAUGUCUCAGCUUGGACCUAGACCUCCGUUCAACCCAGCGGGCCAGAUGGCUGUGCCCCCUGGCUGGAACCAGUUGCCCUCUGGGGUCCUCCAGCCACCUGGCGCUCAAGGUGGCCCCGCCUGGAGAAAGCCCCCACCCCAAGCCCAAAUGGUCCCACGCCCUCCCUCUCUUGCUACGGUUCAGACUCCCAGCCAUCCUCCGCCCCCUUAUCCGUUUGGCAGCCAGCAGGCUGGGCAGGUGUUCAACACCAUGGGACAGGGACAGAUGCAGCAACAGCAGCAGACCGGAGUGGGUCAGUUUGCCGCCCCCCAGCCUAAAGGCCCACAGGGCGGCCCUGGUGGUGUAGCAGGACCGCCCAGACCCCCUCCGCCCAUUCCACAAACUUCUGGACCGCAGGGCAACCUCACUGCCAAGUCCCCCGGUUCCUCCUCGUCUCCUUUUCAGCAGGGUUCCCCGGGGACUCCUCCCAUGAUGGCUCAGAGACCGACCACUCCACAGGGGUUUCCCCAGGGCGUUGGGUCACCAGGAAGAGCAGCCCUCGGGCAACAGGGUAACAUGCAACAAGGUUUCAUGGGAAUGCCCCAGCAUGGACAGCCUGGGGCCCAAGUUCACCCAGGCAUGCAGAAGCGUCCCAUGGGCUUUCCAAACCCAAACUUUGUCCAAGGUCAGGUGAGUGUCAGCGCUCCGGGAACCCCCGUUGGAGGAGCCAAUCAGCAGCUACAGAACAGUCAAGCCAUGACUCACACAGGAGGUCCGCCGUCAGUUUCCACACCAAACUCAAUGCAGGGUCCACCCCAUGCCCAACCCAAUGUCAUGGGUGUGCAAAGUGGCAUGGCAGGUCUGCCCCCUGGUACAACCGCUGGGCCGAGCAUGGGCCAGCAACAGCCUGGCCUCCAGACCCAGAUGAUGGGCCUCCAGCAUCAGGCCCAGCCCGUGUCUUCCUCCCCCAGCCAGAAGGUUCAAGGCCAGGGUGGAGGUCAGACCGUCCUCUCAAGGCCCCUCAGUCAAGGUCAGAGAGGAGGGAUGACCCCACCCAAGCAAAUGAUGCCUCAGCAAGGCCAGGGGGUGAUGCAUGGGCAGGGUCAGAUGGUUGGAGGCCAAGGGCACCAGGCCAUGCUCCUCCAGCAGCAGCAGCAGCAGCAACAACAACAACAGCAACAAAACUCCAUGAUGGAACAAAUGGUCGUCAACCAGAUGCAAGGCAACAAGCAGGCGUUUGGAGGCAAGAUUCCAGCCGGAGUCAUGCCCGGCCAGAUGAUGCGUGGUCCUGCUCCAAACGUCCCAGGUAACAUGGCUCAGUUCCAGGGCCAGGUUGGCCCACAGCAGAUGACUCCACAGCAGCAGCAAAUGGCUCAACUCCAACAGCAACAAUUACAACAGCAGCAACAGCACCAGUUGCAGCAGCAGCAGCUACAGCAGCAGCAGCAGCAACAACAACAGCAACACCAGCAGAUGAACCAGCAACAGCCCCAGCAGGUUCCUAUUUCUGGCAACCCUAAUCAAGCUAUGGGCAUGCAUGGGCAACAGAUGAGGCUCCCUGCUGGUCAUCCUCUUAUCCAACAACAGUUGCAGCAGCAACAGUUACAGCAGCAGCAGAAGCAACAGGCCAUGUUACAACAACAACAACAACAACAGCAGCAGCAGCAACAACAACAACAACAACAACAACAGCAACAACAGGUAGCUCAACAGCACCCACAUCCUUUGGGAGAUCCUAAUAACGGGGCAGGGGACUUGGGGGUCCAACAAAUGGUCCCUGAUAUGCAGGGGCAGCAGCAGCAAGGCAUGUUGGGGGGCCCUCAGCACAUGCAGAUGGGAAAUGGCCACUUUGCAGGGCAUGGCAUGAACUUUAACCCACAGUUCCAAGGUCAGAUGCAGAUGGCGGGAGCCUGCGUGCAGCCAGGAGGCUUUCCCGUCAGCAAGGAUGUAACACUGACCAGCCCGCUUCUGGUCAACCUGCUGCAGAGUGAUAUCUCAGCCAGCCAGUUUGGUCCGGGAGGAAAACAGGGAGCAGCCGGGGGCAAUCAGGCCAAACCCAAAAAGAAGAAACCGGCAAGAAAGAAGAAGCCCAAAGAGGGAGAGGGACAACAGCAAGUAGAGGGACUCGGUGGUCUUGAUGUGGCUGCUGGCAUGGAGGACUCCGAACUGCCAAAUCUGGGUGGUGAACAGAGUUUGGGUUUAGACAACUCCGGCCAGAAACUCCCCGAGUUUGCCAACAGGCCUGCAGGCUUUCCUGGCCAACCUGGAGACCAGAGAGUAUUGCAGCAGGUACCAAUGCAAUUUAUGCAACAGCAACAACAACAACAGCAGCAGCAGCAUCAACAACAACAACAAAUGCAGCACAUGCAACAGCAGCAGAUACAACAACAACAGCAACAACAAAUGCAGCAGCAACAAAUACAGCAACAAAUGCAACAGCAGCAAAUACAGCAACAGCAGCAACAAUUACAACAACAACAACAACAGCAGAUGCAGCAACAGCAGCAGAUGCUGCAGAUGCAGAAUCUCCAGAAUGCUCAAGGGCAGCAGGGGAUGACGGGGCCUCAGCCCUCAGCUCAAAGUCAAACCCAGAUGCAUCCUCAUCAGAUGCAGCAGCAGCAACAACAACAACAACAACAACAACAGCAGCAGCAGCAGCCUCAACAGCCACACCUGCAACAACAGCAGCAGCAGCAACAACAACAACAACAGAUGAUGAUGAUGCUGAAGAUGCAGCAGGAGCAGGCAAAGAAUCGCAUGUCCAUCCCUCCAGGAGGGCAGAUCCCUCCUAGGGGGAUGGGCAAUCCACCUGAGGUGCAGAGGCUUCCCGUCACACAGCAAGGUAACAUGCCUGUAAUGAUCAGCCUUCAAGGACACGGAGGGGUACCGCCGUCACCCGACAAAGCAAGAGGGAUGCCCCUGAUGGUGAACCAACAGCUUGCAGGAGCUGCGCGAAGAAUGUCCCAUCCUGAUGCAGGGCCGGGUCCUCAAGGCACCGGAUCCGAAGAAGCCAUUGCUGGGUCUCACCCGAAGCCUCCUGGUGCUCCAGAAGUUGGGGUGCAGCAUCCUGGGAAUGGAACCCAACAAAUUAUGGCCAAUCAGGGCUCCAACGCUCACAUGAUGAAGCAAGGCCCUGGUCCAUCACCAAUGCCCCAGCACACCGGAGCCAGUCCCCAGCAGCAGCUACCUAGUCAGCCUCAGCAAGGAAACCCAAUGGCGGGCCUUCAUUUCCCCAAUGUCCCCACAACCUCACAGAGCUCAAGGCCCAAAACCCCCAACAGAGCCAGCCCCAGGCCGUACCACCACCCCCUCACCCCGACAAAUCGCCCACCCAGUACCGAACCCUCCGAAAUCAACCUCUCACCUGAGAGGCUUAAUGCCUCUAUUGCAGGGCUGUUUCCUCCCAAAAUCAACAUUCCUCUGCCUCCCAGACAGCCUAACCUAAACAGGGGAUUUGAUCAGCAAGGUCUUAACCCAACAACUCUGAAAGCCAUUGGGCAGGCCCCUCAUAGCUUGUCUUUACCGGGCAACAACAACAACGGAAGUGUGGGUGGAAAUAACAGUCAACAGCCUUUCUCUACUGGCACUGGAGUAGGAGGUGUAGGCGCUAAACAGGACAAGCAGCCUGGAGGGCAGGCUAAGAGGGCGAGUCCCAGUAAUAGCCGGAGGUCAAGUCCAGCCUCGAGCCGUAAGACGGCCACCCCAAGUCCAGGGAGACAAAAGGGGACAAAGAUGGCCAUCAACUGCCCUCCCCCCAGCAGCAGAUGGUCAACCCUCAGGGGCAAACCACGAUGCUAAGCCCUACCUCAGC